AUGAUCGUGUCGUACUUGACCUCCGCGGCGCUGUCCGCCAUAUUCUACAGCAGCCUCAGCUCCGCCGAACCGGUCCAGUAUUGUCCGGUGGAGGACAUAUGCUACCAAGUGGCCGUGCCCACGUCGUCGGCCGACUCGAACGGGGGCAACAUCUAUCUGCAACUGCGCGCGCCAACAUCGUACUCAUGGGUGGCCUUCGGGACAGGAACCGCGAUGGCCGACUCCAAUAUCUUCGUAAUGUACUCCUCAGGGACCGGUAACGUAACGGUCUCAGCGCGCGCAGGCACGGGACACACGAUGCCGCGGCACAACGCCAUGAUCCAGCUCGAGCUACUUGGGGGCAGCGGGCUGACGAACAACGACGAGACCAUGAUCGCAAACGUGCGGUGCGGGAACUGUGGAUCCUGGCCGGGCGGGUCCGUCAGUCUAUCCUCGGACGCCGCGUCGUGGAUCGCGGCCUGGAAGGAGGGAGACGCCGUCGACAGCACCGACACGGACGCCACGAUCCAGUACCACGACGCGCACGAUGCCUGGACAUUCGACUUGACGCAGGGCACGGUGACCGACGACACGAACCCGUUCUUGGGUGUCCGGCAGUUCGACAACAAUAACCGGGGCGUGGGCCGGGGCAGCUUCGCGGACCCGCGGACGCUAAUCCUAGGACACGGGAUCAUUAUGGCGGUCGUUAUGGUGCUGUUAUAUCCGUUGGGGUCGUCGCUCAUGCCACUGUUCGGAAAAUGGAUCCUGCACGCCUCGUGGCAGUUCCUGGCCUUCCUGCUCAUGUGGGCCGGGUUUGGGUUGGGUAUCGUGGCCUCGCAGCGCAUUCGCCUUGACUUCAACUCGACACACACGCUCCUAGGCACGGUCGUGGUCUGCCUGAUGGCCGUACAGCCCGUGCUCGGCUGGGUGCACCACCGCUACUUCGUUAAGAACCAGAGGCGGGGUCUAGUGUCGCACGCUCACAUCUGGUACGGCCGGGCCUUGCUCAUCAUGGGCGCAGUGAACGGCGGGCUUGGCCUGCAGCUGGCAGACGCCUCCCAAACCUUCGUGGUCGCGUACUCGGUCGUUGCCGGCGUCAUGUUCGCCAUUUAUAUCGCUGCCGCCGUGUUUGCCGACUUCGUCCAAGAGCUCUACCUUAAGGAAUUAAAGGCCUACAAGCCCACACCCAUCAAGGACUCCGACGCUGCCGGUCAAGUCCAAACCUUUACCGCACCCAAGACACCCAAGUCGCCCGAAGAGGCCGACCUCGCCAGUAGCCUGAAGGAAUACGAGAGCAUGGCUGUCGAGGUCGAAGGUAACGAGGGCAUUAGCGCCUCGACGCCCGCCGUCGUGGAAGACUGGCUCGUCGAGGAAGAAGAUGAGGAGCCGGCUCACCAUUAA